AUCUUGGCUGCAGCAGUGAGUUACCAUAUCCAACAAUGAGCUGAUAGGAGCAUUCAAGCGAGGGAGCCUGAUGUAUAAAGCUAUCAUCGGACUCUUGUAAUAAACUCUUUCCAUUCUCAACAUCUGUCCAGCUGUAAAUCUCUGACAUCCAUUCAAGAAUCCUCUUAAUCCCUACCAAAUACUCAACAUGAAGGUCCUCUCCGUCCUCGCUGCCAUUGUUGCUUCAACCUUGGUUGGCCAAACCAUCGCUGCUCCCGUAGCCAACGCCGUUGCUGAGAGAUCUGAGUUAAAUGACCGUGGACUCGCAACCAUGUUCUACGGCUGCAAGUUUGCUCCCGAGGAGACUGAGGUCGAUGAUGCCGACCCGGAUAAACUCAGAAAGCUCAUCAAGGAGAGAUGUAUCCCCAAGAAGUUGUGAACGGAUCACAUCUGUGGCAACAAUGAGAUGGCUUGGAUAUCUUCGGAUGGCUCUAGCUUAACUCAGAGUUUGUAGAAGCAUAAUAUGACACUCAUUCUCUUAACUUUUAC